AUGUUGCCGUCACUAUCAAUGCUGGCUACGGCGGGCGCGAUAGCAGCCGCCGUGGCGCUGGGAGCGGGAGCUACGGCUUCCAUCGCGUUAAUGUACCUGUUUGUGAUCAAACCAGCGCGCAGUCCGGUCAAUGGCAUGCCAGGGCCGGCGUCGGCGCACUGGUUCUUCGGCAACGUCCAGGAGAUCUACGACAUCAUGUGGACCCAGGCCAAGUUUCCCGAGCCGCUUUUGUCCUGGGUCCAGCAGUAUGGCGGUGUGUUCCGCUAUCGUUUUAUGAUGAAGAAUCGAAUCCUAUUGACUGACCCGGAAGCCCUCAAGCAUGUGCUGACCACGCACAGCGACAUCUACCCCCGGGACGAUGGCACUCGGAUGAUUUUUCGGGAUCUGAUUGGAGGCGACGGCUUGCUCUCGUCGGAGAACGCCACGCACGCCCAACAGCGUCGCAUGAUGCAGCCGCUCUUCCGUCAUGACAACAUCAAGUCGUUCCUGGGCAUGUUCCAUCACCACGUCCGCCGCCUCCAGGAUGAACACUUGGCUCGGCUACAACUAUCCCCGCCAUCAACACCUCCUGCCAACACCACACAAACCGUCGACAUGCACGAGUUGUUUACCAAGCUCACGUUGGAUAUCAUUGGCGUGUCGGCGUUCAGCUAUGAAUUUGACGCGCUGGCCCCGCAUCAAGACAAAUACCCCCAGACGAAGCAAGUGUCUGUAGUCGAAGCCAUCGAGUUGCUCAUCACACCGCCGUCGUUGCUGUACAUCGUGGGCAUUCUUCUCUUGCCGUGGUUCCCGCGGUGGCCCCUGCCGGCGCAGAACCAGCGCCGACGCGCGAGGCGUCGGCUGUUCGAGGUGGUGGACGCGGUCCUGGCGUCGAAGCUGUCGCCUUCGGCCAAGCCCCCCCCCUCUGCCACUUCGCUUCCGAAGACGAUCAAAAUGCUCGACCUGGUGGACCUCAUGCUCACCGACACGAACGACCACAAAGUGUCGAUUGACGAAGCCAGGAUUCACGUCAUGACGUUUAUGCUGGCUGGCCACGAGACAACGAGCACGACGUUGAGCUGGGUGUUUACGAUGCUGGCCCAACACGCCGACGUCGAAGCCAAAGUGCGUGCCGAGUGCCGCCACGUGUUAGCUGCGAACAACCACUCGUGGGAUUGGAAAGCACUGGGGGAGCUCAAGUACACGACGGCUGUGAUCCAUGAAACAUUAAGACUCUUCCCCACGGCUUCGAUGCUGGCUACCCGAGUGUGCGUCCAAGAUAACGACAUGCCCACCCUCGCCAGCGUCAACGAACAUGCCAAGCCCGUGUUUAUUCCCAAGGGCACGCAAAUGCUGGUGCACACGGGGGCGAUGCAUCGCAACCCAAAGUACUGGUCGCGCCCCGCCGAAUUUGUGCCAGGUAGACUACCCACCACCAUUAGUACUUUUAUCUAUCCCUACUACUACUACUACUACUACUACUACUACUACUACCAUAACAACUCGACUCGUCCGUGCUUUGUAGAUCGCUUUAUCGAAGGGACAGAAUCGUUCGAGGCGGACAAGGGGCUUCGAGGGGGCCAAGGCAACACGUAUUACUACAUGCCGUUCAGCACGGGGUCCAAGAACUGCAUCGGCAUGCGCUUCGCCAUGGCCGAGCUGCAGGUCGUGGUGGCGUCGCUGGUGGCGCGCCAUUCAUUCCGACUCACACCCGACGCCAACGUCGAGCCCUCGUUUGUGGGAGUAACCAUGCGCCCAAAGCACUUGAAUAUGACUGUGCACUUGGUCGACUAAUCAGUCCGCAAACCAAGACAUGGAUGAUGCUGUAUGUGAUCUCACACAAAAGAAGGCCACGAUGGAACUAGUUCGUUACUAUGUAGUAAAUCGUUAAAUCGUUCAUAUAGCAUAAUAUACGUACGUUAUGUCUACCCAAAA